CCUCUAGCUCGACUCGGCCUGGAGCGCGGGAAAACUCGCGCCGACCCAACAACCCGCCACCCGAGGUUUCCAUCUUUAAAAAUAAUCCACCGAAACGCAUUCGAAGAAUCGAUCAUAUUUUCGAUAACACUGUAACGCCGUGUUUAUUAUUAUGAUAACUGUUUAAAUUAAACUUAGUACAAAGACUAUAGAUUUGUUGUAUAGACUGUGUGUUGUAAACUGUGUGACCAGUGUGUGUGUGACACUAUGGAUUUAUGGUGAUAUAAACAGAAGUGACAUUGUGCAUGACCACUGCGAUCAUACGAGUUCAAUUCAAGUUUGGAUGUCUUAAAAUAAGAUGAUGCACAGUUUAUUGGCUGAUCUUGAAGACUGAUUAAAAUAAUUACUAAGCCAAUUAGGAAAUGAUAGGUCCAUGAAGUUUCUCCCCAGGACGGACUCGUUUCAGGUUGUGAUCCUCGAAAGAGUCCAAAUACUGCAAUGACUACUGCGAUGGCUGCUCACCAAGAAUCUAUCCACGAGAGACUACAGCCUGCACCUGAGGAACCUUUGUACCUGCACCAUGAAGCGUCGUCAUGGCCGGAGUCGUCCGACCACCAGGACGAGCACAGCACCGACAUGUCCCCAUACUACAACAUGCCAAAAAGAAACAAGAGAAAGAAUUUCAAGCCGCGUUGUGCUCCCAACACUACAGCAUUCUCGGACGACUCCAACGGAGCGAACUGUGAUGAAACGGGCAGUCCUAUCAACGGAAACGAUAGAACGACCCCAGAAAAUGUCGGCGAAGACGACAAGGACGAUGGCAAUUACACUAAAAUUGGUGUCAAAAACUUCAGUCUCCUUAAAGGUGGCGCAGUUGACCUAAGCAGAAGACUGAGCACUGACUCCAAUGAAAACAUAGACUCAAAUUACCAAAAUAGGUUACCGGAGGAUAAGAAAGUAGACUCGUUUCAACAUUCGUACAUACAUAGUUUACAAAUAAACCAGGGCGCCGAGAGAGAUCGGACCGUCCUGAACUUUAGUAAUUUACAAAAUAAGACGUUUUGUGCCAAAAAUCCUUUUGCUAUAUCUCAACUAAUCAAGACUAACUCACCGCCAAGAAGAAGGGACUCAGACUCGGACGAAGAUAAGGGUCAGGAUAUAAAUGCAAAUGAGAGAUUAGAGGAGAACCAGGAGCAGAUGGAAACGAAUGAGACUCAACAGAAUGGUGACGCAUCAAAUGCUACAAAUAGAAUAUUAAGAGAUUACGCCAUGAACACCAUGAAGGAACUACUCGGAAUAUACGGAUUAUCUUCUAAUGAAGUCGCUGAUGCUAUCAGUGGACAGAUCAGAGCUUUAGAAGCUCUACAAGGUAAACCAUUUACGCAGCUGCCUUUAGGUUUGAAGAGGCGGCAUGAUUCUGGAAUGGAAGAUGGUACUGACAGGAGUAUGAGGAGAUCCUCAUCAGCUACUGAGGAUGAGGGUUCCACAAACAUUACACCACCGAAAACACCAGACAAUGACAUUGAGGCUCAGAGACAAAGAGCGUUGCAGAUUAUAAACCAGCAGUCAAUGAGGCUGUUCAACAGAUCUCAAGGUCAAGAGGAAGAUGGAAGUGGAUCUGAUGAUGGAGAUCAAACUCUUGACCUUAGCGUAUCAAGAGAUACUGAUGGACAGGAACAAUCGGCGACCUCGAGCGCCGCCAACAGUGUAUCGGAAUUUGAGCAACAAAAUCUUCUGAUGAGGAAAAAUUUAGAGGAUCUAGCUAAUUUACAAAUGCAGGGUUUCUUCCAAAAGCAAUCAUCAAUGGAUGCAGAUGAUUCGCAAGAAAGAAAACUGCAGGCGAGCGGUCUGCUCUCGGCGUUGAAUCAUUUGGACCAGGCACGGAAGAAUUCUUUGCAGACCACAGUCGACUACUCCAGAUACGUUAAGAGGUACAGCUCAACUCUAGAAUGCGGUUCCUCAUACUGCAAGGACCUGGGUUACCGGGAGCAUUUCCACUGCAUGGACUGCACUGCCAGGGUGUUCUGCAAGAAAGAGGAGAUGAUCAGACACUUCAAGUGGCACAAGAAACGUGACGAAUCCCUCGCCCAUGGCUUCAUGAGAUACUCUCCCCUGGACGACUGUUCUGAGAGAUUCAGCGACUGUCCUCACAACCGUAGCCAAACCCACUACCACUGCAUCCAAGAUGGCUGCGAUAAGGUAUACAUAUCAACUUCAGACGUGCAAAUGCACGCCAAUUACCACAGGAAAGACUCUGCUAUCCUUCAGGAAGGUUUCCAAAGGUUCAGGGCUACUGAGAGCUGCGCUGCUCCUCAUUGCGUCUUCGCCGGUCAAAGGACCACGCAUUUCCACUGCAGAAGACCAGGAUGCACUUAUACCUUCAAGAAUAAGGCUGAUAUGGAGAAACACAAGACCUACCACAUCAAAGACGAAGCCUUAUCCAAAGAUGGGUUCAAGAAAUAUAUGAAAAAUGAAGCCUGUCCGUACCGCGACUGUCGGUUCAGUAAGACGUGCAACCAUAUCCACUGCAUCAGGCCCCAUUGCAACUAUGUGCUGCAUUCCAGCAGUCAGAUCUUCACCCAUAAGAGGAAGCAUGAGAGGAAGGAACAAGAAAUGAGUUUUGGGCUUCCUACUUCGGUGAUUCAGAACGCGCUGAUGCAACCAGGAGCUGACUUAAGCAUGUACUCCCCAGGAGGAAAUGUCCUCGUCGAUGACGAUAUGUCCAAUCCAAUGAUGGAUUCUGACUACCCGCAUCCAUUUAAUCCAGCAUUAGUCGAAGAGAUUUCGAGGAAAUAUAUCGAGACAUUCAAUGGAGGCAAAGAGGCUGAAGACAAAUGCAACAAAUGCAGCGCUUUCAACAAGCAUUAUCAUUGCUUGGCUGAUGGCUGUAAAAUGGCACACAGCUGCCACACUACCAUGGUAAAACACGUGAUGGAACACGAGCAACAGAACCAAGUCACUGAAGCCUACUUCGUAACCUACACCCGGAACAACCCUUGCGGCAACUCUGCCUGCCAACAUAUCAGAGACAUCACCCAUUACCACUGCACCUGGGAGAACUGUGGAGCAGUCAUCCUAUCCUCCGAAGAGCAUCCAUUCAGACGUUUGGAACACCAUCGCCAGCACGCGAUUCUGAGCCCAAUGUCUCCGAACUUAGCGUCUAGAUUCGCUCCAAACUUCCCGCCUCAACUGUCAGCCCAGCUGCAUCCAAAUAUGGCGGCUCAACUCGGUCAAGUCCCGAAUUUACCCAAUCUUCCGCCAAACUUGGCACAAUUGGCCCAAAUGGCACCAAGCUUGUCUUCGCAGUUGACACCAAACUUGCAAGCUCAGUUGAACCUUGGGCCCAACCCUGGAGUGGUUCCUCAGCAAGUCAACCCAUCGAGUUCGUUAGAUGAAAUGUUCAGCAGAAAAAGGGGCAGGCCCCCGAAGAACAGGGUCGUGGAAGUAUACACUGACAAUAUCACUCCGACAGCCAUAUUUACAUCGUUCAAGUUACCGAAGAGUAAUCAGUUACCGCCGGUCAUCCAGUCACCGGUUAUUCCAACAAUUGAAGAAUUCCCUCGCAUCAAGUUCCAACACUUUGAAGUGUUCACCAGCCCUGACACCUGCUCGUCCUCCUACCCCGCCUGCCAGCUCCGCAUGGCGCGACUCCAUCUCCACUGCUCCAACUGCAGCUUUGCUGGCGAAACCCACAUCAUCAUGGAGACUCACAUGAGAGAAGUUCAUGGUGUCAGUCCAUUAUUAGAAGGAUUCGACUAUUUCGCUUCAUUCGACCAGUGUGGUGGGAAGAGCUGCUUCAAGAACCAACUGCGCUCUCAUUUCCACUGCGCCCAGGGUAAUAAUUGCCCAGCUAUUUUGACACAGUACUCUGCGUUGGCUACUCACAAACACGGCAGGGGUACUCCUGUGAUCAAGAGUGAGACAGACCAAGAGAAGCAAUUCGAGGAAGCCAAAGAUUAUUCUUUGAAAGAGAGGGCUUCAGUAGACAGUGUCAGCUCAAUGAAGGAGCCCAACGAGUCUUUCACUCCAGCAAACUUCUCGAUCAAGAGUGAGUUUGAAAGAGAACAGGAUAGCGUGUCCGUAGUAAAAGCGACCGGUACCUUCUACCCGUCAUCACAUCUCCGAAGUAAUACUUCGUCUCCGUCACCAAGAAGCAUCUAUGAUGCCUCACCUUCAAAGGAAAUGAAGCCUCGUAUGGAUUACGAUCAUAAGAAAGUCUUUGAGCCUCCGAAGAUCACAGGACCAACGAUCCCACCUUCGUGCCAUGAUCAGACUUGUCCUUUGAAUAAGAACUCCACGGGAAUGAACCUGCAUUACCAUUGUCCUCAUUGCAGUCAAGCUUAUGUGGAUCUGAAGCUGCUGUUCAGUCAUAUGGUGAAGAAGCACAGCAAUUCCAUGGAACCUGGUCCAGUUGGACUGGCAGCUACUAAGGAGACUUUGGAGAGGGAAUAUCCUGAGAUAUCGAUAUUGCCUUCUACUGCAUCAUCAUCGUCCACCAGUCAGGCACCUUCUCCGAGCCACAGUCAGCGACCUCCGAAUCCUGCUGAUCAGGUGCAGGCAGUGCAAAGCCUCCUUCUGCAACAGUAUCUAGCAGGUGGCAGGAAGGGAAGCCUCCAAGAACAACUGAAGAUGCAGCAACAGUACACAGCAUCACUAGCUGGUCUUCCAGGACUGGCACAAGUUGCUUUAUUCUCACAGGGUGGUUCUCCAUUCUCCCUGUACCCUACAAUGCUGUACCCACCAGAACUGCUGCUGGAACAGAGUCUUCUUCAAGGUCAUGGUCUACCACCAGGUCUGGAUAAGGAGGCUGAAAUGAUUGCCAAGACCAGGCGAACCCACACCACGCGUGGCCCUCACAUGCGUGUCAUGAAGGACGAGCCCAUCCCUGAAGGCUACCUCCGCUUCAGGUUCAACGAGGACUGUGCUUACCAGCACUGUGGAUACAGGGAACAUCAAACGCAUUUCCAUUGCACAAGAAAGGAUUGUGGCUACUCAUUCUGUGACAAGACGAGAUUCGUCCAACAUACUGCUAGACAUGAAAGAUUGGACACAUUAAUGGGCGGUGACUUCCAGCAGUACCGAGCUAAUGUCUACUGCAAGCGACCGGAGUGCCCACACGCAUCGACAUUCGGAACAGGACAGAACAAGGCAUCUCACUUCCACUGCCUGAAGUGUGACUUCGUGUGCACUGACACCAACAAGGUCGUGGCCCACCGUCGGCAGCAUCAGAAACUUGACUCCAUCCAGGCUGCUGGCUUCGAGAAGUUCCCACCUAGCAAAGGUUGUGGCUACGAGCCCCAGUGUAUCCACAGCAAGAAACAAACCCACUACCACUGCUUACAGUGCGGUUUCGCCGUCCUCGGUCUCUCUCAAAUGACGUCACACAAGUACAAACACCAGGAAGCAAACCUUGGACCCUCCACAAGCGGUACCAACUGACUAGAGACUUAACGAAAAGUGACUUUGUAACAAGCAAGAAAUGAACCUAAGACUUUCGAAAAGUGAAUGAUGUGGAAAGAAUGUGUAAUUUGUAGCACAGUUUAUGUCUGAGAUUCAGGCUAGAUAUUGUUCAAGUGCCUAGAUUUAGGAGAACCUAAAAUGUCAUUCAGACAUAGAAUUUCGAUUCCCUGAAAUAUGUAGAAUUAGGAGCUAACGCGUCACUCAAUUUUGAACGUUAAAUUGACAGUGAUAGAGUUUAUAUUGUAAUGUCACUGUGACGUAUACUUCUACCUAAUUCUACUAAAAUCUAUCUAAAUAGUAGAUUCCCUCAAAACUUGUGCCUUAGUCACAACACCGGAUAUCUUAGUGGCAAAUGAUUUUGUGCCAAAACCGUAACUAGUUGAAAACUAUUGUUGAAUUUAUUGAAGCGAUUAUAUGUGCGAGGAGUCGUGUGUUUAGUAUAUUUUCCUAAAAAUGUAUGAACAAAUGUGAAUAACCCGUAGAUGCAACUGCAUGCAUGUUUAUCUAGUUAUAGCAACAAUCUUUACAUUUUAUUAUUACUUUGGUCUUUUUAAACUUAAACUGCAGUAAGUAGACUUAAACCAGAAGGCUGUUGCUAAAAUAUAGAUACAAAUUAUAUUUAAAAAAGUGUGUAUUUCCUAAAUCCUGACCAAUCUUAGUUGUUAGUUUAUAUAAAUAUUUAUAUUUAUUACUUCCCCAUGAAAAAGACAUUUUUACGAAUAGUAUUAUUAAAUGUAGAACUUCGUGAAAUUAUAUUAAAAAAAGAAAACAUAUUUAAGGCAAUAAAAUUUGGGUUAAGAACGCCACUUUGUGCCUGGAGGGUAAAAUUCAUGACAAUAUCAUCUUUUGGGAUAAAUUCUGGUAGAAAAAAUACUCAUUAAAAAACCCUAUCGACUUAUUUAACAUCAAAACACAUCACUAUCAGAAAUUAUCGCAAAACAAUCUAGUUUUACAUUCGAAAAAAUAUUAUAUUUAAUAAAAAAAACAUAUUUAAUUAAAAAAGGUCAAUUCUAUAACAAAAUACAACUUGUAAAUAAGAUUAGAUUAUAUAUAAAACAUAAUGUUAAUAAAAAAAUGUAAUUGUUACAGAAAUAUUGGUAAAAAAAAUAUUAAUAUGUAAAAAAAAAACAUUAGGACAUUUAUGUACAGUUAAAAAAAUCGAGUGCUAAUGUUUGUGAUUCAUGAGGUAGCCAUAAAAUGCCAUAAAUAUUUUCAAUAAGUAAUAUUAUUAAUUGUUUUCAUCUCAGUUACGAGAUUUAGAACUUUUUUCAAUGUGAUUGGUGAGAUAUUGAAUAUUAAAUUAAUGCAAGAGAACAAUAUUUUAAAAGUAUUAAUUUAACUAAAAACGUAAAUAUAUGGAGAAAAGUUGUACUAGUGUCCGCUGCUCGUAAUGAAGAGUCCCUCUGUGACUCGAAAUUAGUAGAGUGUUUCUCCAUUAAUUUUACUGUGGUUUUUAGUUAAUUUAGUAUGUCUCACGAUAGUAUUAACUCGCAAUUUUCGCAAAAAUACAAAAUUCGAAAUCUCGUAACAAGACGAAACACAUUUUUAUUUCAGUAUUAGAUUUAUAAAUCUGUGUCCUUCUAAAAUACACCUUUUGCAUUCCUGAUUUUUGAUUCCUGGCGUCCGUUUGAGCCAUUUAGUUUUAGAAAAUGGUCGAUGUUGGUUCUAUCGACCAUUUCUGUGACCAAAACUGUUUUACACCCUAUCCCUAGCAUGUAUCAUCAGUAUUUUGUAGCUUAAGGUCUAUUCCGUUGUUCCUAUUACGUCAUCUACUUUGCAAAUAUGUUUAAUAUUUUAAUUUAUAAACUCUAUUUUAAUCUCCAACAGUUCACUUAUAGUAAAAUAAUUUAAGUAAAAAUCAUUCAUUUAUAAUUUAUAAUAAUGUUUUAAAAUUUUAAAAAUUAAAACACAUAGUAGAAUGUCUCCGAUUUUUUUAUUUUUUACUUAAAAUUUAUUAUCCGAGAAUAAAUUGUAGAAUGGAUUUUUUAACACAGAAAUUAUAAAUUCUACGUUUUAUUUUGUACAGCGGUAUAAUCCUCACUGUUUAGACUUUAGUUUCUUAUCUUAGCAUUUCUCAUUUAUUUUAUUUUUUAUCAGAAUAGGCGGUGCCAUAACGAAUUAGUCAGAUUUUAUUUAGAAAUAUCUUAUACCGUUUUGGUCUGUACAUCUAUUUUAUAAUAAAGGCAAAUACAUUUUAGCAAAUAAAGUAUGAAGUAUAAAAUAAAAUACAAUAUAAAGUCAUAUUUUCCAAUUACACAAACAAGACUCCAUCUCCGAGUUUCUCUGACAUUAAAAUAAUUAAAAAUAAUUGGCUCAUUUACGAAUCGGCAUUAAAAUAAAAUAAAACUCACUAUUUUUUGUUGUUUGUUAUCUAAUUUUAUUUUCUCUGUUUUUAUUUUUUCAACUCUCUUUUUAAGUUUUCAAUUUCACAACAUUUUUUUUAUUGAAUAAAAAUAAAAACUAUAAUUUAAUCGCGUAUUUAUGUAUUUUAGAAUACGUAGCUUUAAUUGUAAUCUUCGUUAAUUUAAAUUAAAAAAAUAUAAUGAUUUGUCCCUACGAAUACAGUAUUUUGUCUGCUAAUUAUUAAAAGCUGUUGACUGGAGUGUUUUUCAAAACCUGUUUUUUUUACAAAAAAUAUAUAAAUAAAUACAGAAUGCGUGUGGUACAAAAUUUUGUUUAAAGUUAAAGAUAAUGUUUGACAAUUGUAUUGUAAAGCAUUCAGUUUGUUUGAAUUGGUAUGAUAUAGUUUAGUAUUGUUUACCUCAUGAGUUCUAGGAAUAAAACAAGAAUUAUCCUUAUAA